AUGAAUGGGACAGAGGGUCCAAACUUCUAUGUGCCGAUGUCCAACAAGACAGGUUUAGUCCGCAGCCCUUUCGAGGAGCCUCAGUACUACCUGGCCGAGCCAUGGAAGUACUCACUCCUGGCCGCGUACAUGCUCUUCCUCAUCAUCACCUCAUUCCCCAUCAACUUCCUGACGCUCUAUGUGACCGUCCAGCACAAGAAGCUCCGCACGCCCCUCAAUUACAUCCUGCUCAAUCUCGCUGUGGCUGACCUGUUCAUGGUAGUGGGGGGCUUCACCGUAACCCUCUUCACGGCUCUGCAUGGAUAUUUCUUCCUGGGGGUCACCGGCUGCAACAUUGAGGGCUUCUUUGCCACCCUGGGCGGUGAGAUAGCACUGUGGUCUCUAGUGGUGUUGGCUAUUGAGCGCUACAUUGUGGUGUGUAAGCCAAUGACAACGUUUCGUUUCGGUGAGAAACAUGCCAUCAUGGGGGUGGGCUUCACCUGGGUCAUGGCCCUCACCUGUGCUGUACCCCCACUGCUGGGCUGGUCCAGAUAUAUUCCAGAAGGGAUGCAGUGCUCUUGUGGAAUAGAUUACUACACUCCUAAACCUGAAGUCCACAACACUUCAUUUGUCAUCUACAUGUUCAUCCUGCAUUUCUCCAUCCCACUGCUCAUUAUCUUCUUCUGCUACAGUCGACUUUUGUGUACUGUCCGUGCCGCUGCAGCUCAGCAGCAAGAAUCAGAGACGACCCAGCGGGCUGAAAGGGAAGUGACACGUAUGGUGGUUGUCAUGGUGAUUGCAUUUCUAGUCUGCUGGGUGCCAUAUGCCAGUGUGGCCUGGUACAUCUUUGCUAAUCAGGGGACAGAGUUUGGUCCUGUCUUCAUGACAAUUCCAGCAUUCUUUGCCAAGAGUGCAGCGCUCUACAACCCAGUCAUCUAUAUCAUGCUCAACAGACAGUUCAGAAACUGCAUGAUCACUACAGUGUGCUGUGGCAAGAACCCAUUCGGUGAGGAGGAGAUCAGCACAACUGUCUCCAGCAAGACUCAAUCCUCAACCGUCUCGUCCAGUCAAGUCGCCCCUGCCUGACCACAUGAAUGACUUAUGUCACCCAGCACAACCGGAACAAAACCACCUAGAAAGCCUCCUACAGGCCAAACAUGUCUCUGCAAAUCUACCUGAUGUCCAAUUGGCCAGUCUACAACAUUUACAACUUCUCAUUUCUGUUCUCAAGGUUCUAAUAUUGUGUAACAAUCUUCAACAAUUGGCCAAUAAAAUCUAUAUGCUACUGCUGAAUGUUAUAUACUGUGUGUGAUUGUGCCGUUUGUGGUUGUGACGCACCAUGAACUAAAUCCCUUUAAUGGGUUGCGUAGAAACUUACUGGAAUGUCUUUUUUUUAAAAAUAUCUCAUCCAUAUUUUAUGAACACAAUGAAUACAAAGCUGCUAUCAUGUAUGAUAUUGCUUAGCUUUACUGUAAAGUUUCUUCUUAAGUUUGUGUUGACAGGAAUUGAGAUGUAUGUUGCAGUCAUAAUAGACAUCAGGAGAUGCUACACAGCCAUGUAAAUAAUUCUGUGAAUGAUUAGAUGUCUGUAAAGGAAUUAGGAGAGAAUAUGUAAAUGUACAUAUAUAAAAAUAUAGAGGGAAAGCAUAAUAAAACAAAUGUGUUUUUAAAAUAAAAGCCCACCUUAAACACAUACAGUUAAUAAUUGCAAAAUGUUGGUCUCAUUGUACAGAAAACCCCUAAAAUGUAAAAAAAAAAAAAAAAAAAAAGACAAAUUCAACAAUUCAUUAGAUUCUAAACAUAUACAAUAUUAUUUAUGAUAAACAUACAUACAUUUUUUAUCCUAUCUUUGAAAGCUUGUGAUUCAGGCUUUGUUUUCAUUAGUUCACAAGUUCAUUUCACUAGAUACCAGCAAGCACAAGGAAAACAACAUUUUCCUCUAUCACCUUCCAUAACAAUAUACAUACAGUACCUAUCUGAAAUGCAGGUGGUGAUCUUACGCAGCUGAGCACUCGCCAUGUGCUCAUCCUUGGACAUUCAGUCUAUUUUGUGAUCCCGCACACCUUUCCCAAUGUUUCGUUGAAUAUCUCUGCCUGUGAGUGGACUAUAAUCUAUAAUCUAUGGUAUAUAAAAUGUUUAAUAUAUUAUUCGAAAUGAUUUCAAAAAAUCUAUUAUAUUCUUAUACAUAUUUCUACAUCUUUACCACAGGGUAGCGCUCAUUUGUGAGGUUUUCAGGUCUUAUUUUAUGUACUAUAAAUGCAAGUGAUGAACUUCUGAGAUAUGUUUAGAUUAUAAGCUUUCAAAUGGUACCACAAAUUACUAAUGUAUCCACGGACUUAUUACACACUACUGGCCCCAUCUGUAUUAAAGGGGUUAAUACUUACCCUGCUGCUGUGUUUGAACAUAAGUAAACAAUGCACGUUACACACACCAUCUUAAUCAAGUUUAUGGCUUUAUUUGCUAAAAUUCCCUUUCUUCAAGAAAUUAAAAACAUUUUAAGCAGAAUAUCUAUGGAACUGUGCACACAUUUAUGGUUCAGACCCAACCAAAAAGACCCAAACCCAUCAAACAAAAAAAUAAAAUAAAAGAAAUAAAAUAAAAAAAAGAUUUGCAAUGAGGUCCCAUUCAAGCCUAUUAUAUGCAUAUCAUAAUGUCACUUGCAGUCCAUGGUGUAGUGGGAUAUGUAGUUGUAUGCCAUUGAAAGAGUAGUGCAGGUACAAAUAUCCCACCUGAAACCUUAUUCACAUUAAAUCAAUCACGCUACAAAAUAAUUAUACACGGCUAUGAAUAUUGCUAUGGAGAAUGUCUCAUAAAAUCCAGUGCAUCAUUGGAUCUCCCCGAGUGUGGGAUCAGUGCGUUACAAAGCUCCUAGAGUCGACAAUUAAACAA